GCCCGGACCCGCCCCUCCCGCCACCGAGCCGGGAGAGUUGAGAGACCGCUACCCGAGUAUCUAGGGCUUCGGAAGAGGACAGUGAGAGAAAGGGACCGUGCUCCUUAAACGGGAACACACAUUUCCUAGUAUUUAUCCAAUCUACAUUCCUCCUCAGCGCUUAUCAGGGUUGGUAGGACUGUGUACCCGGAUGCAUGACUGGCCCUCCUUUUCCGGGGGACGGACAUGCGGAAACCGGAAGUAGGUGGGGGAAUAUGAAGGCGCUUCCGGCAGGCCUGGGCCGCGGCGCGCUGGGACUAACGUGCUGGUCUGGGUCUGGGUUCUGGUCCCGGUCCCGCCAAGGUGGCGACUGCGCCAAGGAGGUGUCAGAGGCUCUGGCCCACCUCCGCUAUCCAUUGCAGCCUCAUCUAAGUGCAAAAUGAAUUAUAUGCCCGGCACCGCCAGCCUCAUCGAGGACAUCGACAAAAAACAUUUGGUCCUGCUUCGAGAUGGAAGAACACUUAUAGGCUUUUUAAGAAGCAUUGAUCAAUUUGCUAACUUAGUGCUACAUCAAACUGUGGAACGUAUUCAUGUGGGCAAAAAAUACGGUGAUAUUCCUCGAGGGAUUUUUGUGGUCAGAGGAGAAAAUGUGGUCCUACUAGGAGAAAUAGACUUGGAGAAGGAGAGUGACACACCCCUCCAGCAAGUGUCCAUUGAGGAGAUCUUGGAAGAGCAGAGGGUGGAACAGCAGACCAGGCUGGAAGCAGAGAGGCUGAAGGUCCAGGCGCUGAAGGAUCGGGGCCUCUCCAUUCCUCGGGCAGACACUCUGGAUGAGUAUUAAGCGCUGGAGAGUAGGGGCUGUCAUGGAAAGAAGGUGAUCUCCUGGUUGCCUUCAUAUUUGACCAGAGAAUUAGUUUAGUCAUUUUUAUUUUUAAUGCUCUCACAUGUGCAACAUGAAGAUAUACGUGGGAUUUUGUUUUGUUGUUUGAAAUAACAAAAUCAUUGUUUAAAGGGACAGUGGCAUGGACUCCAUGCACACAUCACCGUGGAGCCAGCAUCGCGCCUUUGUAUUGCUUUUCUUAUCCCCAGUUAGAGUUUACAGAGGACAGUCUUCGUUUUCUUGUAAAUAAAAUAUGAAGCUCAAAACCAU